ACCAGGCCGGUACAUCCCACGAGAAAACGGUGGCACAAGACAGCACCUAUGAAGAUAACUCCAGAGAGUGCCGGUCCGAUUCCCGUAACGAGCGAACUGCCGGUGACGACGGAGACACAAAUGAACAGAACGAGGAAUCUGGGGAUGACUGGGAAGAGCAGGGAGGCGGAACCCAACGCAACCGAAGCGUCAGCCGCGUUCAACAUAACCAAGAUAGGCCCUUGAGCUGCCCCUACCGCAAGAGGAACAAGGCGAGGUUCAACCAUCGGACCUAUGAAAAAUGCUCGAGGCAGUUCAGGAACCCAAGCGAGGUCAAUAUCACCUAGGAUUCAUGUGAGAGAGUUCCAUAAAAGGGAAAAUACUUCCGACCAUGACUGCCCCCGGUGCCGGCGUCCAUUCGCGACGAGAGCGGACCUAGUGCAGCACCUGAGCACACCAAGCCCAACGUGCCAAACUACCAACCAGUCUCACCAAGAAAGACUGGUUGAGGAUGGGAUUACGGUAGACAUGAAUAAUCGAUUGAUGGAGAGAAAACACACCACCAAAAUUGGCAAUUGGAUGGAUAUGUGGAAGCUUCUGUUUCCAGAUGAUACCGAUAUCCCAUCUCCAGAUUACGAACCCUGUGUUGAGGCAUACGAGUUUCUAGUCGCAUGGGACGCCGAGUCCACGACACGACACAUGAUAGAACGGUCACGGGAGCAGGUUGCAGAGAUGCUUCGAAAGAGCGGCACCCAAUAUCCCGACGCCGUGGCAUCAGACAUUGCCAUGCUGAUCUACUCUAACUUCAGGAAAAGCCAGACCGACUGCGAGAGGCGUUUGGUGCAGCAGGCGCUUCAAAAUACGUUGAGUGGCUCUGCUGCAACUGCUAGUUCUCGCCGGCGGCGUUCAACCAAGGCUAGCCGACGUCAAGAGUCCGAUAUGGACAGCAUGCAGCAGGCUGAGCAGGGCUGGCGACCGCCUCAGUCGUCGCCAGUUCCAAUUUUGCCCAGGCCUUCAGCAAACCAUGCUUCUCCAAACCCUGUCUUGAGCCCCUACCCAGCCCCCCCGACUCAGUUCCAGCAGCUUACGACCUCUUGGAACAACGACGGCCCAGUCAGACCAGUCCUUCAUAGCUUCCCGGCUAGCAUGCAACAAGACUUGUCUGUUGAAGCCACUGGAUAUACAGUUACCGGUCCCCAGCCAGGAGGAAACAAUGCUUAUAACACGGAGCAAACCCCUGCCUUUCCCAUUGGAUCCGUCAGACAUAUUCCUCCUCGGGCUCAGGAGGUACCGCCCUCGGCAUACAGCGCCGAGGAUGACGAACACUACCGAAGAAGUCAAGAGUCCUGGGGCGAUUGGCAGCACAUGUCUGGCAGUGAGACCAACCGCCCAAGGGAGAACUGAGCCUCCUCGGACACUGGCAGCCAACACCUGAACACCACUCACUGUGUCCCUCGCAUAUUGGCACACCUGGCACUGUACCACACCGGGUCACCAGCAAGACGGCUUGAGAAUUUGCUGAAUAGGAGGGCAAUGGUUUAAAAGAGGAGUGAAAAAGCGGAAGGGAGAAGGCGAGGGAUACACAAAUCUGGGCUUUCAACA